GCCAAUCACAAGGGGCGAACCAGCGCCUCGCAACGUCGAUCUGGACCAAUGGCGUUAGAGCCUGGGAUUCUGCGCAAUCUCAUAUUCUGAAAAAUGGAUGCAUCAAAAUCUAUUUUGGAAAGUAAAGGAGUUUCCCAGAUAUAUUCAAAGGACAACCCUCGGGCAGAAGCUAUCCGAUCAAAGCUCAUUCAGGAUUUUAAUUUAUUGGAUCAUUUUCAAGGAUUAAUUAUCAAUGAUCCAAAAUAUAAUAUGAAUGAUAUCAAAGACCCAAAGAUGUUGACCAAGUUGAUGAUUGAAGAUUCGCUGCAAUUGGUGCGUUUUGAUUUUAAUCCAGUUCGAAAUGUAAAUAUCUCCUCAAAUCACAGAGAGAGAAAUUGUCUUCAGAAUCGCUAUGUCAAAUACCCACCACUCAAUAUGUGGGCACAGUGGAUCUUAGAAAGUUCAUUUUUCAAAAAUCUUAUUCUGUACCUCAUUAUCAUCAAUACUAUUGUAUUCGGCGUGUUAGUAGAUGUCUCUCACAAACCUGGAAUGAAGUUCACUAUCAUAAUGAACAUGUUGGUGAUCAUCGACUGGUGCAUCCUCUCAGUACUGAUGAGUGAAAUUAUACUUAGGUGGCUUCACGAUUUUUCUAUCAUUCCAGAGGUGGUCAAGAGAAUUCAUCUCCAAACUGGCAUUGAUCUUGAUUUUUUAAAAGUUAUUCGAAUCUUCAGAGUUUUACGUUCUUUGAAAAGAAUGAGAAGAUUUCAUCAAGUGCGACUACUUUUGUUGGCUAUGACAAAAGCAUUAAAGGCAAUGACUUUCAUCUUGCUGUUGGUGUUGAUAUUUGCCUAUGCUUUUGCAAUACUUGGAGUGUCACUUUUUCGGAGCUACACAGAAUCUAGCAAUCCUGGUCGUAUCUAUAAGUCAGCUUUUGUUGAUAUCCUGCAUGCAUUGCAGACCCUUUUUCAGCUAUUUACCCUGGAUCAUUGGAACGCUUUGCUUCUCGAUAUAUGGGAAGUAGAGGAAGUUAACAGAAUUGCAAGUGGCAUCUACAUAAUAUGCUGGAUCCUGAUUGGCUCCUUCAUAUUUAGAAAUAUAAUUGUAGGAAUAAUGGUGAGCAAUUUUCAGACCAUAAGGAAUGACUUAUCAGCACAAGUGCAGCAGCUUGAAGACCAACGGAAGGCAGAGCAUUUUAAACUACAGAUAAUGCAGAGGAGAAUGAGUCAGACAUUGGGCUUGAAGGACUUUUUGGGAAAAGGAAAGGGAUCUUUGGAAUCUGAAUUCGCUGGUCCCAGUGAAAUUAAUUUUAUAGGGAGCAGUGGUGGGAGUCGUUCAAGUGAUAUAUCCUAUAAGCCCACCGCUAAAGAUUGGGAGAGCUAUGUUCGUAAAAAUAUCAAACUAAUGAAAUAUCACCCAGCAAGAGAGAAGGUUAUAUGGCCAAGGGACUCCUUGUUUCGUUAUUAUGAACUACUGGAGCAGCUCCAAUAUAAUCUGGAGGAACGGAAGACCCUGCAAUUUCUAGCAGCUCAAGCCCUCAUGAAUAUACAUGAUGUAUAA